AUAGUCUGUGAGCAUAGAAUUCGCGUCGACUGCCCAGAGUCCGCGAAUUGAGACUGUCACGCAAUCACGCCGGGCGUGACUACAAGUUUAUUGAUAAAAAGAUAGCUUUAUUUGAAGAAGUAAAUAAUGGCUCAAACGUUAACUUUUGGUGACUCAUGCGCUCCGAUUACAUGUCAUGCGUGGAAUAAGGAUAGAACCCAAAUUGCUUUCUCUCCAAACAACAACGAAGUGCAUAUUUAUCAGAAAGAAGGAAGUGAAUGGAAACAAACAAAUAAUUUAGUUGAGCAUGACUUCACCGUCAUGGGUAUUGAUUGGGCUCCAAACACCAACCGUAUCGUGACAUGUGCUGUUGACCGCAAUGCAUAUGUGUGGACACAAGGUGAGGAUGGUAAAUGGACAACUACACUUGUACUUCUGCGUAUCAACCGUGCUGCAACAUGUGUGAAAUGGUCACCAAUGGAAAAUAAGUUUGCUGUUGGCUCUGGUGCAAGACUUAUUUCAAUUUGUUACUUUGAAAAAGAGAAUAAUUGGUGGGUAUCUAAGCAUAUCAAAAAACCUAUUCGGUCAACAGUUACUACUUUAGACUGGCAUCCGAAUAAUAUGCUACUAGUUGCUGGCUCUGCUGAUUUCAAAGUGAGGGUAUUUUCAGCAUAUAUUAAAGACAUUGAAGAUCAACCUGGACCUAAUGUGUGGGGUUCUAAACUUCCACUGGGCCAACUAUUAGCUGAAUUCCCUAAUUCUCCAUCUGGAGGUGGCUGGGUACACAGCGUCUCUUUCUCUGCCGAUGGGAACAAAGUAGCUUGGGUUGGACAUGAUAGUUCAAUCAAUAUUGCUGAUGCUACACAGGGAAAGGCAGUAAUUAAACUUAAGACUGAAUUUUUGCCAUUCUUGGGAUGCAAUUGGGUUACCAAUAAUUCCCUUGUUGUGGCAGGACAUAGCUGCAUUCCAUUAUUGUAUUGUCUCGAAGACAAUGAGAUUAAAUUCGUCGCCAAAUUGGAUAACACCCAAAGAAAGGAGUCUGGUGGGUUAUCCGCUAUGAAAAAGUUCCAAUCUCUGGACAGACAAGCUCGUAUAGAAACCAAUGACACUUUGCUGGAUUCUAUUCAUCAGAACGCCAUAACUACCAUCACUCUUUAUAAAGGAACCAAGGCAAAUGCUGUUAAGUUCAGUACUUCUGGAUUGGAUGGUCAACUGGUAAUUUGGGAUUUGGAAUCUCUGGAGAAGAGUAUUGAAGGAUUGAGGAUUAUCUAGUUAAACCAUUGAAUUUAUAUAUUUUAAUCUUUAUUAUGGAUUAUAUAGUUGCAUGAGAGCUCUGAAGUCACUCGAUAAUAUAGUAAGAAACAUUUAAAAAGCUGUGGAAAUUAAAUUGCAAUCACAGUCUGUUCAGUCUAGCUAGAAAUUAAGGAAAUAAGUGAAAGCAUGGUGAUGAGUGAAUUCAGCUCUCCAAACAGUAAAAACCUCUCAAAUAUACAGAAUAAACUAUAAUUUAUAGAUAAAACUUUUGUCUGUUAUCAUACAAUUAUAAUUUCUAAUUAUCAAUAUUAAAAUAAUAAGUUAUAUAAAUUAAACAUGACUACUAUACCCUAUAUUUAUAUAAUAGAUCACUUUAAUACUACUGAAGUACUGAUUGCUGUCAAUAUUACAUUAAAAUUUAUUAAAUC